CUCACGUGACCUCGCUCUAGGAGGCGGGGCCCUUCGGCCAAGAUGGCUGCCUACCUGCAGUGGCGGCGUUUCGUUUUCUUCGACAAGGAGGUGGUGAAGGAGCCGCUGGGGAAUGAUGGCGCAGCUCCUGGGGCUGCACCUACCUCUGGACCUGCUGCUUCCAAAUUCCUUUGCCUCCCUCCUGGCAUCACUGUCUGCGACUCAGGCCGAGGGAGUCUGGUGUUUGGAGAUAUGGAAGGCCAGAUCUGGUUUUUGCCACGCUCCCUACAGCUUACAGCCUUCCAAGCCUACAAGCUGCGGGUGACACACCUGUACCAGCUGAAGCAGCAUAACAUUCUAGCAUCCGUUGGUGAAGAUGAAGAAGGCAUCAACCCACUGGUAAAGAUCUGGAACCUGGAGAAGCGAGAUGGUGGCAAUCCUCUCUGUACCCGAAUCUUUCCUGCCAUCCCAGGAGCGGAGCCCACUGUUGUGUCCUGCUUGACUGUUCAUGAAAAUCUCAACUUCAUGGCCAUUGGUUUCACAGAUGGCAGUGUUACAUUGAAUAAAGGAGACAUCACCCGAGACCGGCACAGUAAGACCCAGAUUUUGCACAAGGGCAACUAUCCUGUCACUGGACUGGCCUUUCGCCAAGCAGGAAAGACCACUCACUUGUUUGUUGUGACAACAGAGAAUGUUCAGUCCUAUAUAGUUUCUGGAAAGGACUACCCUCGCAUGGAGUUGGACACUCAUGGUUGUGGCCUGCGCUGCUCAGCCUUAAGUGACCCCUCUCAGGACCUGCAGUUCAUCGUAGCCGGAGAUGAGUGUGUCUACUUGUACCAGCCUGAUGAACGUGGGCCCUGCUUUGCUUUUGAGGGCCAUAAGCUCAUUGCUCACUGGUUUCGAGGCUACCUUGUUAUUGUCUCACGUGACCGGAAGGUUUCUCCCAAGUCAGAGUUUACCAGCAGGGACUCGCAGAGUUCCGACAAGCAGAUUCUCAACAUCUACGACCUGUGCAACAAGUUCAUAGCUUAUAGCACCGUCUUUGAGGACGUAGUGGAUGUGCUUGCUGAGUGGGGCUCCCUGUAUGUGCUGACGCGGGAUGGGCGGGUCCACGCACUGCAGGAGAAGGACACACAGACCAAACUGGAGAUGCUGUUUAAGAAGAACCUGUUUGAGAUGGCGAUUAAUCUGGCCAAGAGCCAGCACCUGGACAGCGAUGGGCUGGCCCAGAUCUUCAUGCAGUAUGGUGACCAUCUCUACAGCAAGGGCAACCAUGAUGGGGCUGUCCAGCAGUAUAUCCGAACAAUUGGAAAGCUGGAGCCAUCCUAUGUGAUCCGCAAGUUUCUGGAUGCUCAGCGCAUCCACAACCUGACUGCCUACCUGCAGACCCUGCACCGGCAAUCUCUGGCCAAUGCCGACCAUACUACCCUACUGCUCAAUUGCUAUACCAAGCUUAAGGACAGUUCAAAGCUGGAGGAAUUCAUCAAGACGAAGAGUGAGAGUGAAGUACAUUUUGAUGUGGAGACAGCCAUCAGGGUUCUGCGACAGGCCGGCUACUACUCCCAUGCUCUCUAUUUGGCAGAGAACCAUGCACAUCAUGAGUGGUACCUGAAGAUCCAGCUUGAGGACAUUAAAAAUUACCAGGAAGCCCUUCGGUACAUUGGCAAGCUGCCUUUUGAGCAGGCCGAGAGUAACAUGAAGCGCUAUGGCAAGACUCUCAUGCACCACAUACCAGUGCAAACUACCCAGUUGCUCAAAGGACUCUGUACUGAUUAUCGGCCUAGCCUUGAAGGCCGAGGCGAGAGGGAGGCUGCGGGCUGCAGGGCCAACUCUGAGGAGUUCAUUCCCAUCUUUGCCAACAACCCACGAGAACUGAAGGCCUUCCUGGAGCACAUGAGUGAGGUGCAGCCUGACUCACCUCAGGGUAUCUACGACACACUUCUUGAGCUGAGGCUACAGAACUGGGCUCAUGAGAAGGAUCCACAGGUCAAAGAGAAGCUUCACGCAGAGGCCAUCUCCCUGCUGAAGAGUGGACGCUUCUCUAAUGUCUUUGACAAGGCCCUGGUCCUCUGCCAGAUGCAUGACUUCCAGGAUGGGGUCCUUUACCUUUAUGAGCAGGGGAAGCUGUUUCAGCAGAUUAUGCACUAUCACAUGCAACACGAGCAGUACCGGCAGGUGAUUGCCGUGUGUGAGCGCCAUGGAGAGCAGGAGCCCUCCCUGUGGGAACAGGCCCUCAGCUACUUUGCCCGCAAAGAGGAGGACUGCAAGGAGUACGUGGCCGCUGUGCUCAAGCAUAUCGAGAACAAGAACCUCAUGCCACCCCUUCUAGUGGUGCAGACCCUGGCCCAUAACUCCACAGCCACCUUGUCCGUCAUCAGGGACUACCUGGUCCAGAAGCUGCAGAAACAGAGCCAGCAGAUUGCACAAGAUGAACUGCGAGUGCGGCGGUACCGGGAGGAGACCACCCGCAUCCGACAGGAGAUCCAGGAGCUCAAGGCAAGUCCUAAGAUCUUCCAGAAGACCAAGUGCAGCAUCUGUAACAGUGCCUUGGAGUUGCCCUCGGUCCACUUCCUGUGUGGCCACUCCUUCCACCAGCACUGCUUUGAGAGUUACUCGGAAAGUGAUGCUGACUGCCCCACCUGCCUUCCUGAAAAUCGCAAGGUCAUGGACAUGAUUCGGGCCCAGGAACAGAAACGGGAUCUCCAUGAUCAGUUCCAGCACCAGCUCAAGUGCUCCAAUGACAGCUUCUCUGUGAUUGCUGACUACUUUGGCCGAGGCGUUUUCAACAAAUUGACUCUGCUGACUGACCCUCCCACAGCCAGACUGCCCCCAAGCCUGGAGGCUGGGCUCCAGCGGGAUCUGCUCAUGCAUUCCAGGAGGGGAACUUAA